AAAUCAUUAGACAUUAGGCGCUUGGGUUGGUAGAAACCUGAAAGCAAAAACCCUAAAUAGAGCCGUGCCUCGCUCUGUGUACGCAGCGAACUCUUUGAUAUCAUCAGUCGCCGACGAAUUGAAGAAGACAAUUUCGACAAAGCCACGAAGAAACUAUGGCGAAAUCAAUGAGAUCGAAGAGGGAGAAGCGGUUGAGGGCCAUAAGGAGAGAGCUAGUGGAGCCCAUUUACGAGAAGAAAGAGGCCGCCAAGCUUGCAGCCCAGGAGGCUGCCCUCGCCGCGUCCAAGCUUCCUGUCAAGUCCGCUCCCUCCGCCGCCAUGGAUUUCGUCGCUGCCGCCACUACUUCAGCUAACGACGACGGCAUGGAUGUGGAAAUGGCUGAUGGCAAUCAAAGCUUGAAAGCCUUGAAGCCUAUCGGAAAGAAGCUGAAGAAGAAGAUCAAGAUGGCCAAAAGGAAGCAUCAUGGCAAGGGCAAGAUCAGAAAGAAGCAUAAUGUAUAACUUAAUCAGCACAAGAAUGUGUUUUUUCUCCUUGGUUACCCUGUUUCUUUGUGUAGUUCUAGGUGAUCUAGUUCUUCGUUUACGAGAAAUGAGAAAUUUUGAGAUGCUAGUUUUAUUUGGGAAAUGAUAUAAAAAUUAAUCUAACUGCAGCUUGAUGAAAA